AUUCGGGAGACAGAAACCAUGGCAACGAUCUGUUUUCACACGUAGUCUUUGGCAGUUUUAUCGAAGUGUUUAUUUGUCCUGGCGAGGACGUGUUUGUCAUACAAUCUGUUUAGUUCAGGCCUUCGGUGCUGUACAUUUAUGGCGUUUGUGAGUGUUAGUGGAGACUUCUGCCAGGCCCAGCACCUGGUCAUUGUGGACAAGUGAAGAGAGUGGCCUGCCCUAUGAGGACAACACUGCCGCGUCGCCCCGCUAGUACACAGCACUCCAGCGGAGAGGCUGCUUUACCCACAGUUCCAAGUGUAUGCCUUGGCUUGAGCCAAUUCAGCCAUUAGAAAGCCAUCACUUUGUUUUUGUUUUUUACUCUCUCAAAACGCCAACAACUCACCACACCCUUCUGAAUGGGGUAAUUUGAAAUCGGAAGUCAGAAGGAGAGCCCACCUUCUUUUUUUUUUUUUUGCAUUUCUUUUUAAAAAAAAAAAAAGAGAAUUGGUUUAUUGUAAUUUUUUUUUGUUAUUUUUAUACUGCAUUUUUCAAAUAUCUAUAGGCUGACCUGAUCUCUCUCCCUCCCGUUACCGCAGUCAAGUUCCGCAAUCGAUCCGGUUUUUGAAAGGUAGUCUCCUCAGAAUCGUUUUAUCCCCUCCAGUCUGUCAACAUGAACCGUCCGGCCCCUGUCGAGAUCUCCUACGAGUGCAUGAGGUUCCUCAUCACGCACAACCCUACCAACUCCCAGCUCACCAAGUUCACUGAGGAACUGAAGGCAUUCGGGGUGCAAACCCUUGUCCGUGUGUGUGAGGCCACCUAUGAUAAGGCACCAGUGGAGAAGGAGGGUAUUGAAGUUCUGCACUGGCCUUUUGAUGAUGGUUCAUCUCCCCCUGACCAGAUUGUUGAUGACUGGCUCAACCUCCUAAAAUGCAAAUUCAAAGAGGAACCAGGCAGCUGCAUUGCAGUGCACUGUGUUGCAGGAUUAGGGAGAGCUCCUGUUUUAGUGGCCAUAGCCCUGAUUGAGUGUGGAAUGAUGUACGAGGACGCAGUCCAGUUUAUACGAGAGAAGAGGCGAGGGGCUUUCAACUCAAAGCAACUACUCUACCUUGAAAAGUACAAACCCAAGAUGCGUCUCCGCUUCAAAGAUGCCAACGGUCAAAAUUGUUGCAUUCAGUAGGAGACUCGUCUGUGAAUAAGAGCAACAAAAACAAACAAACAAGCAAACACAAAAGCUACAAGAAGCCUACAAAACGAGUGUUGGCGUAAAAGUGUAGACUGUAAGACAGAUUGAAAUUGAUCACAGAAACGAGCAAUGCAUUAACUGAUUGAUAAAAUCCAUGCACAAAGGAAGGUGAAGAUCCAUUUUUUUAACAAACAUACAGAAUGACCAUGUAUGAUGAAGUCUGCAAAGGACAUAAAUGUCAAAUUUGGGCAGAUGGCCACCUUUGCAGAUCAAUGUGACGGGCAGUAACACACCAAUAUGCACGUGUGUGUUUUUAUUUUAAAUGACACAGCCUUCAAUAAGAACUUAAUUGUCAGUACAAGGACUUUCCCAGAAGGUUGUGAAUUUUGGUGUGUAGUAUGUAAACCUGUACCCAUGCUAUAAAUGACGCAAACAAGUGAUUGUGACGGUUGUGAUCACAUGUCCUUAUUUGACACAACAUUCACAUGUGGUUUACAUUUAGGUGCUUCUCUGCAAAUGUAAACAGGUACCAUACACUAAGCUUAGGUGUGCACAGACACAAAUCACCACACGGGUCACCACUUCAUGUGUAGGACUCCUACCUGCAGCUGUCUGUUUAAACCUGCUAGUGUUUUUAAUCCUUCCUGUUAGUGAAAGUGUGCAUACAAACAUUCCAGAUAUCUAUUGAGAAACCAGCUUGAAAAGAUGGCUGAAAAAUAAACAAACAAGAAAGACAUUGUUGAUGAUCGAUCCAAUAGGCUCCCAGAUUUGAUUUUUAAAUGUUGAAAUAAACUUCCUAUGAUUGCA